CGCGACGUGCAAGGCGUGCGCCGGGGCCGCGGCUGACGCCAUCGGGCGGCGCCCGGCUGGAGGGGAGAGGAGGCGGCCGCCGCCUCCGUCUCGGUUUCGGCCUCGGUCCCGGUCUCGGCGGGGUGCGGGGAUCAUGGCUCCCGCCGCGCUGCAGGCGCCAGAGAUCCAGUUUGCGCAGCGGCUGGCCGCCAACGAGAAGCGCAUCCGCGACCGCGCUGUGAAGAAGCUGCGGGGCUACAUCAGCGUCCGGACGCAGCGCCCGGCCGGUGGCUUCAGCCAGGAAGAACUGCUAAAAAUAUGGAAGGGAUUGUUCUACUGUAUGUGGAUGCAGGAUAAACCUCUGCUACAGGAGGAACUAGCAAAUAAUAUCUCACAGCUUAUCCAUGUGAUUCAGAAUACAGAGGCUCAACACCUGUUUAUUCAGACCUUCUGGCAAACUAUGAACCGUGAAUGGAAUGGGAUAGACAGUCUGCGUCUUGAUAAGUACUAUAUGCUAAUCCGUAUGAUCUUGAGGCAAUCCUUCGAAGUGCUGAAAAGGAAUGAAUGGGAUGAAAGUCUGAUUGAACCAUUCCUGCAACUGCUAAUGAAAGAAGUUAUGGACCCAGACAGCAAUGCUCCCAGUGGGAUAAAGUUCCAUUUCAUUGAUAUCUACUUGGACGAAUUGUCUAAAGUUGGUGCAAGGGAGCUCACAGCUGACCAGAAUCUAAAGUUCAUUGAACCUUUCUGCAAAAUUGCUGCCAAAUCAAAGGAUCAUCGCCUGAUGCAUGCCGUGGCCAGUGGUAUCUUUGAAGUCAUUGUGGAUCAGUCACCCUAUGCCAUUGAGGACCUAAUGAAAGAACUGAGUAGCAGCAGUGAUGAGGAGGAUCUGUCUGAAGAUGACGAACAGGGAAAUGAAGAGGUGCUUACAACCAAAGCAGACAGAAGUUCAUCGAGACAAUCAACACAGAGCUCUGAAAAUUCAGAGGAUGUUUAUGAAAACGCUGAUGACAGUAUUGGGCCUGUUCUUCAGUUUGAUUAUAAAGCUGUUGCUGACAAACUCUUUGAAUUGGCGAGCAAGAAAAAUACACCCGCCUUUAACAGAAAACGUCUGUACAAGCUGGUCAAAAAGUUCCAGGACUUAGCGGAAGGAAUCUUCCCCCAAGAUAUUCCUGAAGAUGUUUCUACAGACGAAGACGACGAUACAUUCAGUAGAGGAAGGCGAAAGAGAAAAGCUGUCAAGCCUUUGGAGAAAAACAAUUUGGAAAAAGUAAAAGAGAAGGAUGAGCAAGAGACGUCAAGUACAAAGGAGGCUGCAGUUCCCCAGAAGAAGAGAAAAAAAAGGAAAAAGAGGAAUGGUCCAAGUGCUGAUUCUAGUACAGCUGAUGGAAAUUGUGAGGAGGGGAUAAAUGAAACACCUGGAUCUAAUGUUUCCAACCGGGGAAGGGUGCCAGAAAAUAACAAGGGAAGGAAGAAAAAGAAACCCCCAGUAAAUGACGCAAAUGAGACCAGGAAAGUAGCAACUGAGACAAGAGAUGAUCACAGUAUCUCUGUGCAGGACAGUCCAACUGACACAGAACAGAGUAAAAAGAUUCAAUUGAAGAAAAUGAAUGCAAAAGCACAGAAUGUUCCUGCAAAGCCAGUGUGUCAAAAUGGACCAGCUAACGCUAGCAACACAGAGGAUGCCAGCCCAUCUGUCACACUGUUAACUCCUAAAGUUGUGAAAAAGAAACAGAAAGCAGAGACUGUUUUAAUGAAUGGUGAUACCCUAUUGCAGCAGACUGACAUGAAAUCUGACAAGGAGAGCUUGCUGGGGACCCUGUCAGGAGAUGUGGACUCUGAAUCUGCACCCUCCAGAAAGGUCAAAUUGAAGAAAAAAACAAAACUAGGUGGUUUAGAAGGGACCAAGGUCUCCAGCCAGACAGCAGCAACCCUGAAAAAGAAGAGAAAAGUAAAAGAGGUGCUAAGCUCUGUUGGAGCCAGUGGAAAUCUUGAGACUGCAUGCAAGAAAACCAGAAAGGAGGAAACCAGCACUACUCUAUCACCAUUAAAGAAAAAGAAAGCAAAGACAGGUAGUGAUUUCGUGAAAUUUGAAAAAUCAACUUUACCAAAGCCAGCAUUCUUCAGGAAAGCCAAAGGCACCAUCUCUUCCACCAGGGCCUCCAUGCAGUUGAAUAAACUGCAAUCAUCUGGCUCCAAAAAAGUCACCUUUGGCUUGAAUAAAAACAUGACUGCUGAAUUUAAAAAGACUGACAAAAGUAUUUUAGUGAGCCCAGAAGGACCCUCUCGUGUGGCUUUCAAUCCUGAACAGAAACCCCCUCAUGGGGUGCUGAAGUCACCCACAGGUACCCCAGCAGGAGAGCCUCAAAUGAAGAAACUGUUUACUAUACCAGCUAAGAAUAGACCAACUGCUAUGGACUUCUUUUAAACCAACAGAAGUGGCCUACUUUUGUACAGGACAUUUCACUAACCUAGAAUAUUCUCUGGAGGUAUUUCAAACUUUUUUAUUUUUUUAAGUUAAUAUGAAUUGUAUAUACAAGGUUCUGAUUGUGACCUGGUACACUGCUAUUUUGACACCACUUCAGCUGUAUCUUGAAAUACUUCUUUUGUCUAAAAAAGAAGCAAAAGAAAAGAAACAUAAUCCAAUCUCUGCUCAGGUUUGGUCUACAAAAGGUAUGGUCUCUGUCCAUGUCAUUCCCAAGAGACUUGUUCAUUCAGUUAGAGUUUUCAGGGUUAGAUUGUUCUGGGGAUUUUUUUUUGAGCCAGUUUAUGAAAACUUGCACUUCAUGCUAUUUAACGGUCUUUCAUAGAAUGGAUGUUAAAAAGAAAGAAGACAAUGUUGAUUUUAAACCUUCUGGUUGUUCAUAUAUUUUAAAAUUUUACCCCAUCGUUUUUCCCAUGUCAUCCUUGGCAUCCUGUUUAUUCUUCUUCUGAAAAUAGUGAUUACCUUGUGUCUCAGUUUAAGGACAGCUGAACUUGGGUAGUUCUACAGAUAUUAAGGAAACAUUUCCUGCGGUAAGAAGUGCCUAGCUGCUCAGGUGAUCACUGAAACAAAUAAACCUUCAACCAGUUGGUUGCCUGCUGGUUGAGAACACACACACCAUGUUGUUCUUAGCAACACAAGUGCCAAUGCUGACUUACACUUGUCAUAAUGUAAGCUGGCUUCUUCUCUAUACUGUAACUGAAGUUAUGCUCUCACAUGGGAGAAAUCUUUGAUAUUACCAGUAUGUCUUUUGCCCCCACCUUUUCCCCCUUGCUGAUUUUCCUAAAGGUCUCAUAAGAAUCCUUUUUUUAUUCUUUAGCAGCUGGUGUCACCACAUUUUACCAGAGCUCAGAUCUCAUUCACUGGAUGAACCUCUGAUUGUAGUAAAGUGAGCUAGGUCAGUGUAGUGCAACUUUGGUUAGGAUAUGCAUCUCUCUAAAAGUUUCAGUGUCUCUCAAUACAGGGUAAAACUUCACAGGCCAAACAACUUGGUUUUGCUUUUGAUGUAAAACCAGAAGAAUUCUUUCUGCAACAUUUCCUUGUAUUAAGUUUUUAUCUGGAUAUUUUAUUACUGCUAUGCAUGGUUUGUUUUUUCUUUGCUUCUUUGGUAAAGAAUGAGAUGUACUUCUGUAACAGACCAUUAAUAUAUUCUGAGGGGAACUGUGAGGAAGGGGAGAGCAAAUGUAAACAAAAUCUUUUUUGAUAUGGUGUAGUAGUUACCUAAGACUUGCUUAUGCCAAUAAAACAUUGGCUUUGCAGCAGAUCUCUACAGUAGAGCUCAGCCUCAAAGCACAACUUGGUGCCAGAACAAAGCUGUUCACAAAGCUUCCCACCGGUUACUUCUGGGAUCCUAUAAAAGGGAGUAGGCCUAUAUCAUUAUCUUCUCUUAUGGUAAUGGGUAAAUAUUUAACUACUUCAUUCAGCAACAUUAAAAUCUGUAACAUAUUUACAUACUUACAUAUUAUUUUUACCGGUCUUUGAUGCCUGCUGUCCUGUGCCAGAUAGCUCCCCAUCAGCAACUGGAUUGAAACUGCUCCUUCAUAGUUCAUCUAGAAUGUCUUCAAAAUACUUGUGUGCUUGCAGAUUCCUGACUGGUCUCAGUUGCUCUGUUCUAAUCCUCGACAGUUCUUCCACUGAGUUCAUGACAGUCCUUGGCUUGCGUAACUGCCAUGAGAGCAUUAAAAAGUCAUUUUGCCAUUGUCAUUGCUCAUUCAAAAUGAAGGACUGAAUUUCAGUAGGUUUUGUUUCAGUUUGUAUUGAUUUGAGUGAUCAGCAAAGAACUCUGGAGAAUGCAUCUGAUAAAAUUAGUAAUAUUUGCUGUUUGAGCAAUUAUUGUUAUUUUUAAAAAUCUCAUUGUAUAUUAUCAUAAUGUUUUUUUUCUGACAAGAAAAUGGUGAGUAGGAUUUAACAAAGACUGUUCAAUAUGUUGUGCUGUUUAUCUUGUAUCGUGGGUAAGAAGUUUCUUGUGAAAUAUGCAUAAAAGCAUUUGUAUGUGCAUGGCUGUUAAUGCAUUAUGUUGAAGAUGCAGUAUUCCUCCAAGGAUAUAGAUGCAAACAAUCAGUAGGAGGAUCUGGUGUGCAUAGAGAAGUCCAGGAUCAGGAUGCAUUGGGGUUGGUUUGGGGGAUUUUUUGUUUGUUGUUUUUUGCUUUUUUUUUUUUUUAAUAACCUGCAAUGGAAAUGUAUUUAAAUGGCUUUUUCUAUUGGUUGUGGAUCCUUUGACCUGUUGCUUGUCCAAAUAUUUUGUCACCCACAGUGCUAAAUGGAGCAGGCAGAAAUGGCAGUCAGUGUUUAACUAAAAUUUUAGUGAUGUGGUUGCUUUUUGGGAUUCAUGGAUACCAUGUCUGUGCCAUGAUACUGAUGGAAUGUUUUGUAAAUAUGCAUGAGCAGUGUGUAUUGUCUUCAGCAGUGUCUGGAAUUUCAUUCGGGACAACAUUAAAAACAGAAACCCAACAUUGUCAAUGCAGUUUAAUCUGCAUUGUUGGAUUAAAUUGAGUAAAUUACUCGGAACAUUUGGGUAGUGAAAAUUGCAAUAAACAUUGAAGACAAAAAAGGAGAAAUAAAUGCAACAUCUGGGAUACCUAGUGCACAGACACAAUGGUACUGCAAGGAGAGAACAUCUAUAGGAAAAAAGAAAGAAAAGCUAAUCUAACUGGUUUAAUGUCACUUCACAGUUUUUUGGGGGGGGGGGGUUCAUAAUUUUAUUCCAACUCUGUAACCGGCAAUCAUGUUCAGAGUUAAAUUAAGGAUGGAGUUGAUGUGGCAUACCUUUUAAAGGACAGUAUUUUGUAAUGGGUGUGUCUCUACAUUUUUGUUAUGAAUGUGAUCAACUUUGUACUUCUCAAGCUCUAAUAGUUUAUAAUUCUUUAUAACUUCAAGAGAACUCAAAAGCACAAAAUCAUUUCCUAGCAAGGAAAAAAGUAAAAAUUAUAUUUAAAAAUAAGGGGUAUGCAAAAUCUUUUAUAGUCUAUCAAAGCUUUGUGACUUAGAAAGCAUCAAAUGUCUUUUUUCUCUUUUGUUUCCUGUGCUUAGAUUUAAUUACAGUCAGAAAAAGAAAAUCCAUGUGUUACAUUAUGUACAUCUGCAACAGCAUUGUUAAUACAAAUACGGCGUCUAAACAUUAGAUCAUUUAGUCUAGUCCAAUAAACCAUCUUCUUUGUGGA